AUGAUAGCGCGUCGAGCGGCGAAUCCUCUGGAACCAAAAAUUAUUGCCACCAUGGCAAAGCUCGUGGACGAUCCUCAGAUCCAUACUGCUUCGUUGCAUAACCCGAUCCCUUGGCAAUUACACACAUACGUCUGGCCUUUCAUAAUCAUCUGGCCCGUGUUCUUCGCCUUCUACCUCUCCCCCGAGCGUUAUGAUACAUACAUUCAGGGACAGGAAUGGACCUUCGUGUUCGCGGGGUCUAUCAUCACAAUCCAGUCGCUCUUUUGGUUGAUGACCAAGUGGAACAUUGAUAUCAACACUCUAUUCACUACCAUUCGAGCCAAGUCCAUCGAUACUGCCCGGCUUAUCAAAGUGGUUCCCAUCACUAACGCUGGCUCUGCCGAGAUCUGCAAAUUGAUUAAUGAGAACACCGGCACGAAGAAGACACUUUCGUUCCUCUUCCAGAAGCGCCGCUUUCUCUUUUACCCUGAGACUCGCACCUUCGCACCCUUGUCUUAUGUCCUUGACGCCGAACCAAAGCCCGCCCUCGAGACUUUCCAGCUGAGCGAGGGCUUCACGUCGAAGGCCGAGAUUGACCGCGUCUACAACCACUAUGGCGAUAACACCUUUGAUAUCCCGGUUCCCGGUUUCCUUGAACUCUUCCAGGAGCAUGCUGUCGCGCCGUUCUUCGUCUUCCAGAUUUUCUGUGUUGGAUUGUGGAUGUUGGAUGAAUAUUGGUACUACUCGCUCUUCACGCUUUUCAUGCUCGUUAUGUUUGAGAGUACGGUUGUGUGGCAGCGCCAGAGGACCUUGAGCGAGUUCCGUGGAAUGAGCAUUAAGCCUUACGAUGUCUGGGUGUAUCGUGAACGGAAAUGGCAAGAGAUCACUAGUGAUAAGCUUCUUCCCGGUGACCUCAUGUCAGUGAACCGCACCAAGGAGGACAGCGGUGUUGCGUGUGAUAUUCUUCUGGUCGAAGGCAGUGUCAUUGUAAACGAGGCUAUGCUUUCUGGCGAGAGCACACCUCUGCUGAAAGACUCUGUCCAGCUCCGUCCUGGCGGUGACUUGAUUGAGCCGGAAGGAUUGGAUAAGCUCUCGUUUGUGCAUGGAGGUACCAAGGUCCUUCAAGUUACUCACCCUAAUCUCACUGCCGACUCGGACUUGAAGAACUUGUCCAACAACGUUACCAUGCCCCCAGACAAUGGUGCUUUGGGUGUGGUUGUUAAGACCGGUUUUGAAACUAGCCAGGGUAGCCUCGUCCGAACCAUGAUCUACUCAACUGAACGUGUCUCUGCCAACAAUGUUGAAGCUCUGUUGUUCAUCCUCUUCCUCCUGAUUUUCGCAAUUGCCGCUUCGUGGUACGUGUGGCAAGAGGGUGUGAUCCAGGACCGCAAACGCUCCAAGCUUCUGCUCGACUGUGUCCUCAUCAUCACUAGUGUUGUUCCUCCCGAAUUGCCUAUGGAAUUGAGCUUGGCCGUAAACACUAGUCUUGCUGCUUUGAGCAAGUAUGCCAUUUUCUGCACCGAGCCUUUCCGUAUCCCUUUCGCUGGUCGUGUUGACAUCGCUUGCUUUGACAAGACCGGUACCCUGACUGGAGAGGACCUUGUCGUUGAUGGUAUUGCUGGACUCGGUUUAGGUGAGGCUGGUUCGAAGGUUGAAGCUGAUGGUGCUCAGACUGAAUUGGCCAAUCCCUCUGCUGCUGGACCCAACACCACUCUCGUUCUCGCCAGUGCUCACGCAUUGGUGAAGCUGGAUGAGGGUGAGGUCGUCGGUGACCCUAUGGAAAAGGCUACAUUGGAAUGGCUUGGCUGGACUCUGGGAAACAACGAUACUCUGUCUUCCAAGGGCAACACCCCCGUUGUUGCCGGUCGCAACGUUGAAUCUGUUCAAAUCAAGAGAAGAUUCCAGUUCUCCUCGGUUCUGAAACGCCAGAGUACCAUCGCGACCAUUACGACCAAUGACCGCAAGACUUCCAAGAAGAUCAAGUCCACAUUCGUGGGUGUCAAGGGUGCCCCAGAGACUAUUAACACUAUGCUGGUCAACACACCUCCCAACUACGAGGAAACCUACAAGCACUUCACCCGCAAUGGUGCCCGUGUGCUGGCUCUUGCCUACAAGUAUCUUUCAUCUGAAUCUGAACUUUCCCAGGGCCGCGUGAACAACUACGUUCGCGAAGAGAUCGAAUCCGAGCUAAUUUUUGCCGGUUUCCUUGUCCUUCAAUGUCCCUUGAAGGAUGAUGCCAUUAAAUCUGUCCGUAUGCUAAAUGAGAGCAGCCACCGUGUUGUUAUGAUCACUGGUGAUAACCCAUUGACUGCUGUCCAUGUCGCCCGCAAGGUUGAGAUUGUUGAUCGCGAGGUUCUCAUCCUUGAUGCCCCCGAGCAUGACAACUCUGGAACCAGGAUUGUCUGGCGCACCAUUGAUGAUAAGCUCAAUAUCGACGUCGACCCCACUAAGCCCCUCGACCCGGAGAUCCUGAAGACUAAGGACAUCUGUAUCACUGGAUAUGCUCUCGCAAAGUUCAAGGGCCAGCAGGCUCUACCUGUUCUGCUCCGUCACACCUGGGUUUAUGCUCGUGUGUCUCCUAAGCAAAAGGAAGACAUCCUUCUUGGUCUUAAGGACGCUGGAUACACCACUCUGAUGUGCGGUGAUGGCACCAACGAUGUUGGCGCUCUGAAGCAGGCUCACGUCGGUGUCGCGCUUCUGAACGGCUCGCCAGACGAUUUAACUAAGAUCGCUGAACACUAUCGGACCACUAAGAUGAAGGAGCUGUACGAGAAGCAGGUCAGCAUGAUGCAAAGAUUCAACCAGCCUGCCCCUCCAGUCCCUGUUCAAAUCGCUCACCUGUAUCCCCCUGGUCCUUCCAACCCUAACUACGAGAAAGCCAUGGAGCGGGAGUCGCAGCGCAAGGGUGCCGCGAUCACCGCUGCUGGUGGAACCCCCGAGGCUAUCCCAACCAUCACAUCUCCUGGCGCUCAGGCCUUGCAGCUAUCGAACUUGACCCCCCAGCAGCAGAAACAGCAGAAGGCUCAGGCCGCCGCAGCUGGACUUGCAGACAAGCUUACGUCUUCUUUGAUGGAACAGGAGCUGGAUGAAAGCGAACCUCCGACUAUCAAGUUGGGUGAUGCAUCAGUCGCUGCUCCCUUCACCAGCAAGUUGGCCAACGUCAUUGCUAUCCCGAAUAUCCUUCGUCAAGGUCGUUGCACCCUGGUUGCGACUAUUCAGAUGUACAAGAUUCUUGCUUUGAACUGCUUGAUCAGUGCGUACAGUCUGAGUGUCAUCUACUUGGAGGGUAUUAAGUUCGGUGAUGGACAGGUCACCAUCAGCGGUAUGCUGAUGAGUGUCUGCUUCCUUUCUAUUUCCCGCGCCAAGUCUGUCGAGGGUCUGUCUAAGGAGCGCCCGCAGCCGAAUAUCUUCAACGUCUACAUUAUUGGAUCUGUUCUUGGACAGUUUGCCAUCCACAUCGUGACUCUGAUCUACCUCUCCAACUAUGUCUAUAAGCACGAGCCGAGAGAUUCCAAUAUUGAUCUCGAGGGCGAGUUCGAGCCUUCCCUCCUGAACAGUGCCAUCUACCUUUUGCAGUUGAUCCAGCAAAUCUCCACUUUCUCGAUCAACUACCAAGGCCGUCCUUUCCGCGAGUCAAUCCGCGAGAACAAGGGCAUGUACUGGGGCCUCAUCGCCGCCUCGGGUGUUGCAUUCUCGUGCGCCACCGAAUUCAUUCCUGAGCUGAAUGAGAAGCUGCGCCUUGUCCCCUUCACCAAUGAGUUCAAGGUGACUCUGACCGUGCUGAUGAUCUUCGACUACGGUGGCUGCUGGUUGAUUGAGAACGUUCUCAAGCACCUGUUCAGUGACUUCCGUCCUAAGGACAUUGCUCUUCGUCGUCCUGACCAGCUUAAGCGCGAGGCGGACCGUAAGUUGCAAGAACAAGUGGAGGCAGAGGCUCAGAAGGAGCUGCAAAUAAAGAACUAG